AUGCCGAUUUAUUUUGUGAGCCACGUCUUAAAUGCUGCCGAAAGACGAUAUCCGUUGGUUGAGAAAAUCGCAUACGCGGUAGUUAUAGUUGCGCGAAAGUUGCGGCCUUACUUCGAUGCACAUACAAUUGACAUUCUAACAAAUCAACCGUUAGAGAAGUCUUUGAAAAAGAUGGAAACCUCUGGGCGCCUGGUUAAAUGGGCGGUAGAGUUGUAUGAAUACGUUAUUACGUAUAAACCGAGAGUAUCAAUCAAAGCCCAAGCAUUGUCUGACUUCAUUGUGGAAACAUCUUACUCUGAAGAAGAAGAGGAUACCGGCACAUGGAAGGUGUCAGUUGACGGCUCGUCAGCUUCGACCGGUUCAGGGGCUGGAGUAGUUAUGGUUUCCCCCCAGGGAGACGUGUUCGAAUAUGCAAUUAAGUUCAAGUUUAAGGCCUCGAACAACGAGGCCGAAUAUGAAGCAGCCUUAGUAGGAAUACAGCUAUGCAUAUCUGCUGAAGCAAAACGUAUUGAGGUGACAACUGUUUCGCAGCUAGUAGCGAAUCAGUUCAAAGGCACUUAUGAAACUCGGGAGCCGACAAUGACAGCAUAUUUGGCAAAACUUCAAAAUACAACAGCCAAUCUGGAAUAUUUCGAAAUAAAGUUGGUUACUCGAGCGAUGAACACGCAGGCAGACGCGCUGGCAAGACUUGUAAGUUCGAGCUUCAAUGAUAUAGAAAGAACGGUAAUGGUAGAAAUUUUGGAGAGAAAGAGUAUUGAUGAGCAGGCCCCUAAAGAAGUAAAUUAUAAAAGCGCAGGACGAGAACGGUAUGACGAUAUCUUGGCUUACAAAAUACACAACGUCCUACCUAGUGAUAAGGCCGAGGCAAGAAAAAUCAAGAAAGACAGCGUUUUGUUUAUCAUAUUUCGGGGCAUGCUAUAUAAGCGGGGGUUUUCAUUACCGUUACGAAGGUGUAUAACAGCCUAUGAAUUGGCGAGGCUGAUAGAAGAGUUGCACGAGGGUGAUUGCGAAAAUCAUGCGGGGGGACGGUCAAUGUCCUUGGAAGCAAUGAAGCGAGGCUACUAUUGGCCGACAAUGAAUGCGGACACCUUAGAGUACGCCAAAAAAUGCGAUAAAUGCCAGAAAUAUGGGCCAGUGAUUAAUCAACCCCCGAAUGAUUUAACACCCAUUGUCAACCCGAUUCCGUUUGCUCAAUGGGGAAUGGAUAUUAUUGGACCAUUCACAUAG